AUGGCCAUUGUCACCUGCAUCACCCCCAGUGCAGACCUCACCUGCAGGCCUCCCUGCAUGGCCAGCCAGCUGCCCAUCGUCUCCACAGUUGGAGGUGGCAAUGGGCCCUGGAAGCUCACAGCCUGGAGGCAUCUGCAACAACGUCUUCAUCCCCCUUCUGUGCAGCCUCUAGGCAGCAGCCCCCUGCCUCCUUUCAACCCACGCCCACCACUUUGCGGCCAGUCCUCUCCCAACGACGCCAAAUCCCAUCAUAACACCCUUAACACCCUUCAGUGGCUCCUCAUGAUUACGAAGGAAGGACACGAGAGCUACAUUACCUUCUGCCAGCUGGAGGACGAAGCUGCCUUCACAUGCAGCGCUGACCGAACCAUCAGGAGCUGGGACGUGCUGACCGGGCAGUGUGUGCAGGUGUACCGAGGACACACAUCCAUUGUGAACAGGAUCCUGGUUGCCAACAACCAACUCUUCAGCAGCUCCUAUGACCGGACAGCUCGUGUCUGGAGUGUGGACAAGGGGCAGAUGUCCCGGGAGUUCCGGGGCCACCGCAACUGUGUUCUGACUCUAGCCUACUCCGCCCCCUGGGACCUCCCUAGCACUCCCUAUGCGGAGGCUGGGGCUGGGGGGCUCCUGGUGACCGGCAGCACAGACGGCACAGCCAAAGUAUGGCAAGUGGCCAGUGGAUGCUGCCACCAGACGCUAAGGGGCCACACAGGCGCAGUGCUAUGCCUGGUGCUGGACACACCCAGCCACACGGCCUUCACAGGCAGCACAGACACCACCAUCCGUGCCUGGGACAUCCUGAGCGGGGAGCAGCUGCGAGUGUUCCGGGAGCACCAGGGCUCUGUCAUCUGUCUAGAGCUGGUGAACCGGCUCCUGUACUCGGGCAGCGCCGACAGGACCGUCAAGUGCUGGCUGGCCGACACCGGGGAGAGGGUGCGCACGUUCGCGGCCCACGGACAUGGCGUGAGCGCCCUCAAGUACCACGCGGGCACCUUGUUCACCGGCAGCGGGGACGCCUGCGCCCGGGCCUUCGACGCCCAGUCCGGGGCGCUGCAGCGGGUGUUCCGGGGCCACGCCUUCGUCAUCAACUGCAUCCAGAGCCGUGCGUCGACCCGGGCGCCGGGGGCGGCCUCUCCUUCGCGACGGACUCGCCAGACCCUCCUGACGGGAGGCGGCUCGGAGGCCGGGUGGCCCUGA